AAGUGUCUGGACUGGAAGGGGGUGAAAGUGUCUGGACUGGAAGGGGGUGAAAGUGUCCGGACUGGAAGGGGGGGAAAGUGUCCGGACAGGAAGGGGGUGAAAGUGUCCGGACAGGAAGGGGGUGAAAGUGUCUGGACUGGAAGGGGGUGAAAGUGUCCAGACUGGAAGGGGGUGAAAGCUUCCAGACAGGAGGGAGGGAGGACGCCUUCAGAUUGCCUAGGCGAUCGGACUGGAAGUGGGAG